ACUAGGACACAAGAACACCAGUUACAUUGCUACAACACACUGAAAAUAACCUGAACGAUGCUACACCGCCGACAACUCGACAAAGACAGGCAAAGUCGAAGGAAGAGCAGGUGACAUAGGACGCGAUCACACGCACCCUCAUUAUAUUUCAAAUUUUUUGAUUUCACAUGCGCAGUUCAAAGCACAGUAGAUAGCGACAACCCGCGAGGAAGACAUUAUAGCAACACAACAUCAAGUACCGCGCGCGCAGAAAGCACCGACAGAGGAUUCACAAUCACUUUUCAUGCUGUCAGGCACUGCACACAGAAUCUGACUUUGCACUUCCCAGCAGAGGACACAUUGGAGGCACUGUACACAGAAUCUGACAUUGCACUCCCCUGCAGGGGACACAUUGGCUCAGCGGCACAAGUCAAUUGUAGAACUGCAACACAAUCAGAGCGACGCGCCUUCAGCAACAACUCUCCAGCAAGCCCAAGCAACGCACCUCCCGAGAUGGAACACUCACGAAGACUCAAACGGCGACCCGACAGAAGACCCUUUGAAAAACCAGGUGGGAACAACAAUGAAGUCGAAUCCCAACGACGGCUACCUCCCAAGGAUGCACUCGGUGCUCGACUCUCCUCCGUGGAAGCAGCGGGCAGCCCAGCCAAGACUAUCCCACAGCAAGCAGGCCACGCACCUUCCGAGCUGGAACACUCACGAAGACUCGAACAUCGACCCGACAGAAGACCCUCUGAAAAACCAGGCGGGAACAACAAUGAAGUCGAACCCCAACGACGGCUACCUCCCAAGGAUGCACUCGGUGCUCGACUCUCCUCCGCGGAUGCAGCGGGCAGCCCAGCCAAGACGAUCCCACAGCAAGCAGGCGACGCACCUUCCGAGAUGGAACACUCACGAAGACUCGAACAUCGACCUGACAGAAGACCCUCUGAAAAACCAGGUGGGAUCAACAAUGAAGUCGAACCCCAACGACGGCUACCUCCCAAGGAUGCACUCGGUGCUCGACUCUCCUCCGCGGAGGCAGCAGGCAGCCCAGCCAAGACGAAUCCGCAGGAAGCAGGUGCUGGGAUCUCCCCCGAAUUGACUGGGGAGGAGAGCAGCUGCUCCGAUCAUAGUGACAACAGCUCCGACGCUGAAUCACUGGAAGACAAUGAGCACGGUGAACAACCAGCAAGCCCAGGCGACGCACCUCCCGAGAUGGAACACUCACGAAGACUUCAGCAUCAACCCGACAGAAGACCCUUGGAAAAACCAGGCGGGAACAACUGUGAAGUAGAAUUCCAACGACGGCUACCUCCCAAGGAUGCACUCGGUGCCCGACUCUCCUCCGCGGAGACAGUGGGCAGCCCAGCCAAGACGAACCCACAGCAAGCAGGUGCUGGGAUCUCCCCCGAAUUGUCUGGGGAGGAGAGCAGCUGCUCCGAUCAUAGUGACAACAGCUCCGACGCUGAAUCACUGGAAGACAAUGAGCGUGGUGAACAACCAGCAAGCCCAGGCGACGCACCGCCCGAGAUGGAACACUCACGAAGACUUCAGCAUCAACCCGACAGAAGACUCUUGGAAAAACCAGGCGGGAACAACAGUGAAGUAGAACCCCAACGACAACUACCUCCCAAGGAUGCACUCGGUGCCCGACUUUCCUCCGCGGAGGCAGCGGGCAGCCCAGCCAAGACGAAUCCACAGCAAGCAGGUGCUGGGAUCUCCCCCGAAUUGUCUGGGGAGGAGAGCAGCAGCUCCGACGCGGAAUCACUGGAAGACAAUGAGCAUGGUGAACAACCAUGCCUAGACCUGGAUGAAGCAAUCAACAGACUCAGUCCGGUCACCAUAGAAAUCUCCGAAGAAGACGUACAGAGAAGGUGGGAAGAGAAGGAAAGAACAGCAGUGCUGUACUUUUUCGACCGUGGCCUCAGUUUAGAGCAAGUAAAGUACUGGGUCGACAGUGAACUUACUAGGAAUCGGAGACUCAACGCGUCCUCGAUUACACGCAUGGGAAGCCGCAACUUCCACAUACAAUUCAGCGCGCGGAAGGACAGGGACCGAGCCCUGUCGAGGACCAGGAUUAGCUUCCUACGUCAGGAAUUCAUCAUCCUGAAAUGGACUCUAGCAGCCGAUGAUCACAAGUUUGUUCCGGAGCACUACCCAGUCUGGGUCGGGUUCCCGAAACUCACUAAUCUGCAGGUUCUAUGGGUCAACGAAAUUGCGAGCACCCUCGGACCGGUCCUGCCAACCCCCGGAAGAACGGAGAAGACGAACAGAGACAUCUUCCGAGUUUGCGUCGAGUGGAAACACGGGACCCCAACCCCCUCGAGUAUACCGGUGAAGCUGGGAAAGAAAAUUGAGCUCAUCCCCAUCGACAUCACACACCUGCCGAACUCCUGCUUCCGAUGCAGGAGGCAGGGGCACCUCGCCACAAAAUGCCCUGGAGACCCCCUCUUUACAACGGCGCAGAACGGGACAGGUCCAGGCGCGAGGACACAGACGGGACAGGAAAGGAGAGCGAACAAAGGAGCCAAACGACGAACGAAUAGGAGACACAACGGAGAGGCUGUGUUGCCUCUCCGUCCUCGCGCCUUGACCUGUCCAAGCGCGAGGACACAGACGGGACAGAAAAGGAGAGCGAACAAAGGAGCCACACGACGAACGAAUAGGAGACACAACGGAGAGGCUGUGUUGCCUCUCCGUCCUCGCGCCUUGACCUGUCCAGGCGCGAGGACACAGACGGGACAGAAAAGGAAAGCGAAUCAAGAAGCCACACCACGAACGAAAAGGAGACACAACGGAGAGGCAACACAGCCGAAAGCAACAACGGUCCAGGCCACGAAACCUCCCACAACUCUCCAAAUCGUUCCACAGUCGAAAAUCAGCAACAGGACCAGCGGGCCACGGAAGGAGGUGGAACUCCUCCGACCUUCUCCACCUGGAGGAGAACCAGCCGCCAUCGAAGAUGCACCUAAAACAGAGAAACAGCAUAGAGAGCGGAGAGACCCUCAAGAGUCACCUGGCUCGCAGGAAACGAAACUCUCAACACCACAUCUCCAAUACCUACCUUCGGUAAGGAAAAGCAGCAACACCGAACAGAUAGAGGAGAGGAAGAGCGCCGACUCCUUGCAACGCGGGAAAGAUGCUUCUCCCCAGUCGCUUACCUUUCAGAGUCAGAGGUCAAACGAACUUGCCGAACAGGUAGAGGAGAGGAAGAGCGCCGAUUCGUUGCAAAGCUGGAAAGAUGCCUCUCCCCAGUCGCUUACCUUUCAAUGUCAGAGGUCAAACGAACUUGCGGAAGAGCGAAACACUGCAACAUGUCCUGCCCCCCUGCUCACGUGUCUGAAGGCCGCAUCCCAGAAGAAGGAAUCUUCCACUUCAGACUCCCUGAACGGAGGAGCGGGCACGAAACGCAAGUCAGCGACCUCGACCCUGGAACCGAGUCACAAAAGCAAACUUCAGAGGGGCCUGACUCUGGGUAUGGAACCUCCAGCCCAGUUAACGAAUGAAGAUGUGGAACCCUCCUCCCUAGCAUCCAUCAUACAGCAAAGCAUGUCCGAGUCUUUGAUAUACUUGGACAUGCAAUGUACUCCAAUGCACCUCCUGCUGCUCUGCACUUCCUUACACAUCUUCCGUAUCUUGUUUAACGUGCUGCCAUGAAUAAGGUUUCGGAGGUGGACGCACAACGCCCACAUUAUAUGAGGGACUGGAAGAAGGGAAAGCAUUGAGAGUGUCACGCAUGCGAUCGGAGAGUAGGGAGACACCUUGUAUGUGUGGAGUUGCCUCGUACCUUGCAGAUGUUUCGCUGAGCUGCAUACACACUCCCGUCUUGUGUUUAAUCCGACUAUUCGAUCAAAGUUGGAAAACAUUUCAACACAUACAAGAUGUAGCUGCAUUUAUCUCGGUGAAUUUUGCAAUCCUACUUUCAGUUUGAGCAGUCAAUUGGAAGUAGACACGUAUAUAUCACUGUCAGAGCACGUUCCUAGGCUUGCUUCUGGCAGUCAUUAUAAAAGUUAAUUUGAUUUC